AUGUCUAAGGUAACCAGGAAACUACCACAGCCCAAUCAGGAUAUGGAGCGACCAACUUCAAGGUCUGAAGAGAGGAAAAAGAUGAAGACUCCCUAUCAACCCAGGUCCAGAGGUGGUGACAAGCCUAAAAAAGCUAGAAGACCACCACUCUUUGGUCACUAUCACAGACUGAAUGAGACACUGAGGCAAGAUGAGCCAGAGCAAGCCCAAGAGAAGGUGGAGAAGUCUACCACAUCAAACGAUGACCAGGGUGGCCAAUAA